AUGUGGACACGUCUCACUUCUCUAGAUGGAUGUGAUUUUACAAUACCCUCCGAAUAUACCGUAUCACAAAGGUGAGGGGUAGUUGAUGAAAAACUUCCGAUUGGCUUCCCUUCCACUCACGACUAGGCGAUUAAAUCAAUUAACUUCUCACGCCUUUACCGAGACGACCAGGGUCCCAUCUAAAAUCCUCAUCUGGCUUGCUUAUUUGACAUACUGCCCAUUCUGACAUGAACAAAAGAAACCAGGCCGUUCAGAAAAGCGACCCAAUAGAUUUCAUAACUUCAGGGUUUCCCAUCGUCCUACAGAGGAGUUCGCAAACCCCUUCUGAAGGGAACUCAUGGGUCGAAAACCCGAACGCGACAUAGUGGGCGGCUAUUCCUACUAUCCAACGUCUUCAAAGUUGCUUAGUGAUCACAAUCGGUCGAGGCCCCUGGGCUAAGUCACCGUCUAUUCUGUCGGUUAACGUAACAAUGAAAAUUAAGAAGUGGACGGGAAUUUACUGAUGAUGAUUUUGCUGCUACUGCUGCUGCUGCUGCUGCUGCUGCUGCUGACGAUGAUGAUGAUGAUGAUGAUGAUGAUGAUGAUGAUGAUGAUGAUGAUGAUGAUGAUGAUGAUGAUGAUGAUGAUGAUGAUGAUGACGAUGAUGAUGACGAUGAAGAAGAAGAAGAAGAAGGAGAAGAAGAAGAAGAAGAAGAAGAAGAAGGAGAAGAAGAAGAAGAAGAAGAAGAAGAAGAAGAAGAAGAAGAGGAGGAGGAGGAGGAGGAGGAGGAGGAGGAGGAGGAGGAAGAAGAAGAAUGUUCAUCCAGUCUCAUCGGCGACAUCAGCAGCAGCAUCGUGAGAAGUUCUUCGUUUCCAAUUGUCAUCGUUUGCCUGAAUUUCAGAAUUUCCGAAGUGAUAAAUUAUUUGGCGUUGCCUUUUUGGCUGUAA